AUGAGAAUGCAGAAUCUCUGCCACAAUUGUGGAGGAAACGAUCACUGGGCUACGAAAUGCCCCAAAGGAACUUGCAGAAUCUGCAGACAAGCUGGACACCACACGUCCAUUUGCAGAGAACUCUUCAGUUCUCAUAAAGUCCGUCAAAAGCCUCCACUCCCAGAAGUACCACAGAAGCAAGGAACGAAGCCUCAACUACCCAACGUCAAGACUUCGAAAAUAAAUACGGUCGCUUCGAAUGACGGUAGCAAAGGGGAAAGGAAAGCUUCAGACGCAGUUUUCCACUUCAGCGGCACAACCAAGGUUCUCAUUCUGGCGGGACAAGCCAAAGUACUUAAUCCGACAACAAAAGCGUUAGAACCAGUCGUGAUUCUCGAUACAGGAGCCGACCGAUCGUUCAUCAGUAGCAGUUUGGCUGAGCGCCUCUAG